AUGUAAGAGCAUAAAACAUUUUCCCCGGAAUUAAACAGUGUUAUGUAACCGUGUGCUGUAAAAGCGUAUUGUUACUAUUGAUGCCCGUCAUGGUGGCGAUUUGAGCCUGAAGUCCUUCAGGUGUUACGUGGACUGUUUCAAACGGUAUUGGCGGGCUUAUUUUGAAACACUGACAAGUAUUUCACAGAGUAGAAAAGAAUGGCGGAUCGUGGUAGGGGCGAAACUGUCGAUUCUGCUCUGUCGUACUCUGUACUGGAGAAUGACGCGGAUAUUUACACCGGUCCGUCGGACGAGUACGGGCCGAGCAGGAGGGUCAAGUACUCUGGCCGUAGCAGUGACCGGGCGUCUGGCCGCCUCUCCCGGGGCCUCCGCGCCGCUGCCCCCCACGUGGUCCUCGUCACCGUCUACCUGGUCUUUCUCCUCUUCGGGGGCGGUUUCUUUUACCUCCUGGAGGGAAAGCUGGGCGUUGCUUUGGACGUGAGUGAGGAAGUAGAGUACUCGGAGUAUGAGUGGAUGAAAACGAAGAUCGAGAUGACGCUGGAGCACGAGAAGCUGACCGAGAAAGGGACCAAUGCCACGGGGAACUGGUCGGCGCUGUGGGGUGCCUUCAAUGAGUUCGUGGAGAAGCGCUUUGGGUUCGACCCGAAAGUUGGACAUAAGGUUCAGAACGAGCUGUCGUUUGGCCGGAGUGUUCUGUUCUGUGCAACAACGAUGGCCACUAUCGGUUAUGGCGACUCUGUACCGAAUAACACGGGCGGGAAGGUCCUCGUGGUUUGCUUGUCGCUCGUAGGCAUCCCACUGACCCUGCUGGUCUACGCCGACAUCGGUAAACUGCUAGCCCGAGGCUUGGCCUCCUUGGUCGAUAAGUGGCGCAACCGGGGAGGAGGAGCCCCCAAGAGACACACCGACAGUGACCCAGCCGAGCCCCAAGCUCCAGCCAUUCUGGUCCUAAUCAUCCUGGUUCUCUACUUUCUCCUGGCGGCCAUGGUGAUAGCCCUGAUCGAGGGCUGGUACUAUCCAGACGCCCUCUACUUUACCUUCAUCACCUUCACGACCAUUGGCUUCGGGGAUAUUGUUCCCGUCAGCCACUACGAUCACGUGCCGUCAUUCGUCAUCCUCCUGCUUUUUUUCCUGCUCGGUUUUUCUUUGGUCGCCAUGAGUAUCGUCCUGUUGCUACCCAAAGUCAUGGCGCUGAUCCAUCAGGUGGCCGAGAAAGCCGGAUUUUGAAACUAAAAGCAAAUGAAAAGAAUCGGCGAAGGUGCAGAGCCCCCCCCCCAAAAAAAAUUUGGUUGUUAAGCCACACUGUGGCAUUUUAAUUAUUACAGUUAUACCUGUUUGAGGUGUUUAAGGACAGUUUGAAAUACACGUAGUUACUAAUUAGUGUAGGCAAAGUUUGACAUAGCCACCUGGUUAGUCUGAAAUUGUCAAACUUGAGUAAGUAAACAUUUCAGCGUUUUGUAGUUCUUGUAAUUUAUUUUGUUUGUAUAGUUUUAUGGCAUCAGUACCUCCAAAUGCAAUAUCCGUGUUUUGUCAACAGCGCCACUUAUUGACCUGUCACGUAUCUGUCACAGAUUGACAGCUAUGAAUUUAAUCCCAAUUUACUCGUAGUAGGUAAUAUGGAUCUAACUUUUCACCUUUUGAAUUCUUCCAAAUCUCGAAGUUUUUUUCACCAGUGUAAUCAUUUCCCCACAUUUUAACAAAUGUUGCAUUUUAAUCUGUUGCUGCUUUUGUUUUUUGAUCGUGAUCAUAGUCUUGUAAUUAAGGCAAUGCUGCAAUGAAAAAGCUAUGAGUAGACGGCGUGAAAUGUGUGUAAUGAAACUGUCAUCAGGGACAGGCACCAAACAGUGCCUUUGUUGAUUUGAAAAUGAGUGAUUUGGAAGUUAAGGCAAAAUUAAAUAGUAUCCAUUCGUCAGCAAUAUGCACGAGUUUCAAUAUAUUAUGAACGGAUCUGUUCUCUAGAAAACUUCAAUCUCAGACAGAAAAUGAAAACAGUUUUUUUUUUACAACACGACGCCUUACUCCUUAUUGCUGCUAUUUGAGAUUUCGAAAGUUUUCCCCAAAUCUUUAACAUUGGGGUCACCUUUCGAGCUUUGUGUGAAAAUUGAUAACAUAAAGUCACACAGAGGUGUGUUUCGUCUAUUUAGACCGACAUUUUUUCUUAGAUAUGUACCAAAUAAAUCAGAAAAAUUUCAAAUCGAAAUAAAGGACGUGGUUUUGGAAGUCGA